CCAAAAUGGUAUAACAAAAUAUUGGAUAGAUUAAAAAAGUUUAUGUAAAGAAGCAAAAGUUUGACUUCAACAAUUGUUGAAUCUUUACACAAAGGCCAAGUCUAAAAAGUUCGAUGAGUUGUACAACAAGCGAGAAACUCAGGAAAGUGAAAAAAAAAUGUAUAGAUUGUCGAAAGUUAGAGAAAUAUAAUCUAUGGAUUUUCAAAACGUACGGUGUGUGGAAAUGUACCAUAGUAUAUGUUGUUUGUUUAUGAUAUCAAAGGGUGAUAAGAGAAAAUAAGGAGGAAGUCAACCAAAGGCUUAAAAUGUGGAUAUUAACCCGAGGAUCAAUGAUUCGAAGAAAUAAGACGGAUUUUUAUCAGUACUCGUAUGUAAUAACGGCUUUUUUAAUAAUAAUUUCCAAAGGUUCUCCGACUAGAAAAAAUUCUGACGAAUCAGAUAGUAGUAAAUGUACACUUCAUAGAACAGAAUCGGAAGAAUCAGGAAGUAGUACACUUCAAAGAACGGAAUCAGAUGAAUCAGGAGGAAGUAAAGAUGAUAUAUGUCCCGUGUGCUGGAAACAAGAUCCACAAAUCACUUUGAUAGACUGUAAUCAUAAAAUGUGUGGAAUAUGUGCAAAUCAAUUUGUUUUACGAAAACUUUUUGAAUGUUCCUUGUGUAGAGCAACAAUAAAAUCAUUUUCUGGGUUGAGUAUGUGGAAACCUUAUAUAAAACCUGGCCUAUCACCCGAUGCAGAGAUGGCUCAUAUAGUGAACGGUGUUAAAAGCCAACUAAUUACGGACGAAGAGUUGAUUUCCCGUUAUUUUUAUCUUUUACCGCAUCAAUACGCUGAUGCAGAAAUUUUAAGUGAUAUUCAUCAAAUCCGAUCGUCGUACAGUAAACACGUCUUGACGUAUAUUCGUAAGUCUAUAAAAAAUGAUAAACCGAAGGACGAAAUAGAUCAGAGGACGCGACGUGUUUUCUUUUUGUACCAUACGAAUAACCAAGAAAAAGAAAUAUUAACGAAAUAUUUCAUUAGAAAUGGUGAAGAUACUGAAAUGCAGUUCAGUACUCGGAAUCGAUUACUAUACAAUUGAAAAAAUAUUAGCUACUAGAUGAUUAAUUAUUUGCCAGCUCAAAGAUUUCACAAAUGAUGUAAAUUUUUUUUUUUUAAUAAAAACCAAAAUUAUACAUUUGAAUUUUAUACGUU